AUGUUCGCGAACGCCGACAGCAUGUUUCUUGCAGUAGGAUUCGUCUCGUAUCGACCGGGGCGGCACAGGGGUCAGCCUUCCGGGGACAUUGUCUUCAAACUCGGGCUUAUGAAAAGUGGGCGUCUCAAUUAUUGCGUGCUGGUCAGGCGAUCCUUAUCGAAGGCGCGGUUCGGCACAAGGGAGCUCCAGGAACGCGACAGACUUAGACGCGAUGUCUUCGUACUACUACUUUGCGGUUCGGGUAUUUGGCUUCCCCAGGACCGAGAGGCCAGGUCGAGGAUGUUUGGUACGAGGGCGGGUACCAUCGGUGUUUACCCCGUCGUGGAGUCACUCGAAGUGAAGGAAUCUGAGAUGCAGCCGCGCACAGGCAACCACGUGAUAUGGGGCCUUUUGCCCAAGUACUCAAGUGCCGGUAAGCCUCCAAUUUGGACCGCAGAUUUUCUCGGUGACAACUGCAACCACUUUAACCACCCGUUUUCCUCACGUUCUCAGUCUGUCCGCAAUUCAUUUCCAAUAAGCCUUCCGUCCGAGUUUACCCCAUGGGUUCGCCAUGAAAACGUUACCACACAGAAACAGCUGAUGGACUGCCAGGUUUUUGCUUUCGGUUUAGUUCUUCCCCAUGACUGGAUCUGCCCGCCUUCUGCACCAGUCAGUGCCGAGAAGCCCUUUUGCGCCUCUCGCCUCCAAACAACAUCCAAUAAGGGUUCAGUUGCAGCUCGCGCGCCUGGGCAUACACGCAGAUACCGCAGAGUCAGUCAGUUUGUCGAAUACCUAGUACCGUACCCACGCCGCAGAAAGCACAGCGUACCAUCAAUACGUCACGUCGGCAUUCCACAAGGGUUGAUUCAUCAGCGUGGGAGCGCGGCGGGCAGAAACAAUGGGUUGGACUAUCCGUACGCUCGCAGAAACCAACGGAGGCAGCUUCCGUUGCUUGGUCAAGCAUGGGGCCUACACUCCAUAAUACUGCAGCCAUUCCCCCCUCAGCCAGAAGCUUGGCCCUUUGUUCGCGUCGUUCUCUUCUUCGCGUUCUAG